AUGGACGCUAAGGGAAGCAUGAAAACGUACGUGCGUAAACGUAAGGGCGACAGUCCGAGCAACGUGAUUAUCCACCUGAACGAACUGUGCCGCUUAUGUCUGGCCAAGGAGGAUGAGAUGCUUCCUAUCUUUGAUGAGGAUGCGAUGCCCCUGCCCCUAAGGAUCAUGGCAUGUGUCAACCUUGAGGUUUACGAAGAGGACGGUCUUCCCAACAUGAUUUGUCACCCCUGCAAGUACCAAUUGGAAAAGUCUUAUCAGUUUAAAAAGAAAUGUGAGGCAGCCGACGCCAAAUUACGAAAGCAUGUGAAAAUGAUUCAACAAUUGACCGGAGAAGAAGAUGAAGGAAAAAUCCAAGAUUCUUGCUCGGAUGGCGAGCAGGUCCAAUCCAGCGGGAAAUCUAAGAGAGUCAAGCAAUUGCUCGCCGAUUUGGUGUCCUCCAAGACAGAAGCUAGUAGCAGCCAGGCAGACGGUGAACCCAUCGAAGUCACGGAAGAAGAGCUUGUUGGUGGCUACAUACUGGGAGUCGGUACUGAAAAUGCCGAUAUGGAUGAGAACUUUUCGGAAGGUCCGGAAAACAUUACUCUUACGCCUUCUGAAGGGCGAAUGGCGAAAGCUCGAUGCACAAUGAGAGCUGCUAGAAUAAAACAAGAACAAGAAUCGGAGGAUGAAGGCGAUGAGAUUGAAAAGCCACUCAAGUCAGAGUCCCAAAAGGUUUACAUGAUGGAAGUCCAGAAUUCAUCGCAGACUCUCCAACAAAAACAGCAACCCAUGCAUCCAGCAAUAAUUGAAAGUGGCGGAGAGCUCAAGGUAUUCCAGUGUGAUAAAUGUCCAAAAGCCUUUACACGGAGAAUCAUGUUAAAGAGUCACCAGUCGGUGCACAGCACACAGCGAGGCUUUACCUGUCAAGCUUGCGAGAAAUGGUUCCCAACGAAAUCAGCUUUAGUGAGACACGAACGCACGCAUACCGGCGAAAAGCCGUUUGGCUGCAACAUAUGCCAUCGUGCCUUUGCCCAGAAAGAGAUUCUCCUCCGCCAUCUCAUGACUCACUCGGGACAAAAACCCUUCCAGUGCCAGCACUGCGAGAAGAGCUUCACCCAGCGAGAGGCUUUGAAGGUCCAUAUGCGACGCCAUCAAAAGUUAAACCCCAACGAAAUACAACUGCACCAUUGUCAACUUUGUCCUAAGGCUUUCUGUCACGCUUCUGGACUCAGUAGGCAUCUUGUCACUCACACGGGCAGGACGUACAAGUGCGUCGAGUGUGAAAAAUCAUUCACUGACAAGAGCUCACUGCUGCGGCACAGUCGUAUCCAUGCUCCAAAAAAAAUUCUAACCAAUCCAAUUUAAUUUUGAUAUAACAGUGAACGUUUCAUGUACAUAUUCUUUUUGAAUAACUCUUAAUUAUCCAAAUAGAAAGUACCCUUUAUAUGGUCUGUCUACUGCAACUGAAAAUGGCCCGAAUUCAACAUAAGCUCAGGUUUGUCUUCGAGACGAAUAUAGUAUGUUUUGCUUAGUUGAUUCAUCAUUUUUCAUUCAUAUAGUUACUAUUUUGGAUGCAAUAAACUAAUGUAAUACCAUCAUUUUAUUAAAAAAUGAAUACACCAAUUAUUAACAAUAGAAGUUACACAUUUUAUUGCCUCAAAAAUAAUAACUGUAUGAAUCAAUCAACUAAGCAUGACACACGACACAUGAAAAUUCGAACAUUCGGUAUAUCGGUAUGCCGCCUUCGGCUUACCGGCGCGCUUGCGCUCAUGACGAAUUCGUUCGUGAUACCUUCGGUUUUAGUAGACGGGAUAUAACUGGCCCAAGCACUCACCGAAAAUAUAUACUUAUUUCUAUUCAGGUAAUGCAGAUAUAUAUAUUAUACCUGUCAGGUCUCAGAGACAUUUAAACUUUUUAUACUUUAAUGCAUUUUAAGUCAUUAAUGUGAAAUAACUAUUUACAUUAUUCAUAGUAUUUAAUUUUUGCUAUAAACCGGUAAUUUUAAUUACUCUACGUAUUGGUAGUCAAACAAAAUAUACUUUUUUUAUUAUUAGAAUAUCAUGAAAUUUAGUGACUGCAACGUCCGUAAUAACUGUUGGAUUCAAUGUACAAAACUGGUUACUAAGUGUGAUUUACUAGAUUAAUCAUGUCUAAAAUCUGUAAGAAUUGCUUGUCAGACAGUGUAUCUAAAAUUUACCAUUAUUCAUCUGUAAAAAUAAUGUUUGUAAAUACAAAUUGAUUGAUUUCUAAUAAGUAAUUAAUAUAUCUUAACUGAGUUUCCCUCAAUACCGAGAUUUAUGUACACACAGAACGAGUA